AUGACAGUGUCCACCCCGCCGGAGCCAGAGGCAGUGCGGGCAGCAGAGGCAGCUGAGGCAGGCGCUGCAGCAGAGGAGCCUUCUCAGCACGCGCUCGCACAGCAGAGCCCCCCCCACAGCCCCACAGCCACAGUCAAGCUCGGCUUCCAGGGCCCCCAGCUGUUUGCUGCUCCUCAGGCGUCUGCUGCUCCUCAGCUGUCUGCUGCUCCUCAGGUGUCUGCUGCUCCUCAGGUGUCUGCUGCUCCUCAGGUGUCUGCUCCUCCUCAGGUGUCUGCUGCUCCUCAGGUGUCUGCUGCUCCUCAGGUGUCUGCUGCUCCUCAGGUGUCUGCUGCUCCUCAGGUGUCUGCUGCUCCUCAGGUGUCUGCUGCUCCUCAGGUGUCUGCUGCUCCUCAGGUGUCUGCUGCUCCUCAGGUGUCUGCUGCUCCUUGGGCAGAGGGUGAGCGAGCAGGCAGUGCAGGCGAGGUGGGCGAUGGCGGCAAGGGGCCGAGGGCGAGGGCAGAGGGGCAGGGCGGGCAAGGGGAGGAGAGCAGGGCGGUGGAAGCGGAGAGCAUGGGUGGGCUGGCGGGGCACGGUGGGGGGGAGGGGAGUGAGGGGGACGGUGAUCGCCAAGGGCAGGAGCAGGCGAGAGAGGGAGGCGCGGGUGGAGGCGCGGGUGGAGGCGCGGGUGGAGGCGCGGGUGGAGGCGCGGGUGGAGGCGCGCGGACGGAUGAGGAGGUGAGAGGCGUGCUUGCUGACAGUAGCCCUGGUAACGCGGAGGAUGAGAAGGAGAUAGACAGGGUUGGAAACGAGGAGAGGGAUGUGGGUGUGGAAAGGGAUAGGGAGGAAACGGAAGGGGAGGAGAGAGAUAGCGAGGAGAAAGAUGAGAAAGAGAAGUAUGGGGCGGAGAGGGGUGGGGAGGAGAGGGAUGUGGGGGAGAGUGAUGGGGAGAAGAGAGGAUGGGAGGAGAUUGAAGGAGAAAUGAGAGAAGAGGAGGAGAGCAGAGAAGAGAGAGAAGGGGAGAGGGGAGGGGAUGGGCCAGAUGGGGAAAAUAACGACAAGGAGAGAGAAGCUGAUGAGAGUGAAGGGCCAGGGAUGGAACGAAGGGAAAGAAUGAGGAGCGAAGAGAAGGCGAGAGAUGAUGACGAGAGGGGAGGAACGGAGAAUGAGGAGAUGAGGAGUGACGGGAAGGUCCCGAAGGAGAGUGUAGAGAAGAGGGGGAAAGGGAAGGUGAAUGAUGAAAAGAGGAGGGACGGGAGCGAGAGAGCAUCGAACAGGAGGGAAGGGAAGGACAGGGAUGGAGAGGAGAGAAGUCGAGAGAGGCCAGAUGGGAAGGAGAGAGAUGGCAAGAGGGAACGGAAGGGGAGAGAAAGAAGUCGAGAUUUAAAGGAGAGGGCACGGACGAGGGGAGAUGGGAAGCACAGAGAAGGGCGGGAGAGAGAAUGGAAGAAGAGGGAAGGUAGGGAGGGAGAAGCAAAGAAGAGGGAAGGGAAGGAGAGAUACAGAGAGAGCUACGUAGAAAGGUGGAGAUACAAGGAGAGCGAUAGGAAGAGGAGAGAAGGUAAGGAUAGAGAAGGAAAGCAGCGAGACUCGAAGGAACGAGGAGGGAAGGACGAAGAGGGGAAGAGGAGAGAAGGGAAUGAGAGAGAAGGGAAGGAAAGAGAUGGAAAGAGAAGAAAAGGGAAGGAGAGAGAAGGGAAGGAUGGCGGAGGUAAAGAGAAAGGAGUAGAGAAUGAAAGAAAGGAGAGAGAAGAGAUCGAAAUGAAGGAGAAGGAAAGCGGAGAAGAUAGCAAGUUUGGUGAGGCCCAAGAAGGCCACGUGGUGGUGGGCGAGGGAAGCGGGAAGUCGUGUGCGGUGGUGUGGGGGAAAGAUGAGGUGGUGCGCACUGUGCGCGUGGGGAGUGCAGGUGUGGGGUGCAGGGAGCAAGUGGGCGGUGGUGAGAGCAAGGCGGAGCAGCGGGACACAGAGGAGAGGGGGGGGCGAGCUGAGUCCCCAUCGCAGAGGCAGGGGGGUUCUGUGGGGUGGGUGGGAGGGGUGGGUGAGGGCGCAAGUGGUGAGGGGGGUGGUGGUGGUGGUGGUGUGAAGGAGUGGGCAUGUGCACCGGACAAGGAUGACUGUGCGGGCGAGAUCAGAGGCAGGAGCAAGAAGGGCGAGGGUGAGAAGAAGGACGAGAGUGAGAAGGAUGGUGAGAGUGAGAAGGAUGGUGAGAGUGAGAAGGAUGGUGAGAGUGAGAAGGAUGGUGAGAGUGAGAAGGAGGGAGAGAGUGAGAAGAAGGGGGAGAGUGAGAAGAAGGGGGAGAGUGAGAAGAAGGGGGAGAGUGAGAAGAAGAGCGAGAGUGAGAAGGAGGGAGAGAGUGAGAUGAAGGGUGAGAGUGCGAAGAAGGGUAAGAGUGAGAAGGGUCAGAGUAAGGAGAAUGGUGACCGUGAAAAAAAGGGUGAGAGUGAGAAGAAGGGCGGGAGUGAAAAGAAGGGUGAGAGUGAGAAGAAGGGCGAAUGUGAAAAGAAGGGAGAGAGUGAGAUGAAGGGUGAGAGUGAGAAGAAGGGUAAGAGUGAGAAGGGUGAGAGUAAGAAGAAUGGUGACCGUGAGAAAGGGGGUGAGGGUGAGAAGGGAGAGAGUAAGAAGAAGGGGGACAGUGAGAAACAGGGCGAGUGUGAGAAGAAGGGAGAGAGUGAGAAGAAAUGUGAGAUCGAGCCUUGUUUGGAAGAGGGUGGGGUGAUAGUGGAGGUGGGCGAGGAGGUGGGCGAGGAGGUGGGAGUGGGUGCAGCGGGGAAGGCGUGUGAGUUGACUCGCGUGCUGCUGGGUCCCACGGUGUCGCGUCUUGCUGCUGCAUCCGUUGGUGGUGGCAUUGAAGACUUGAAGGCGGGGGAUGAUGUGAUGCUGCCAGGUGGCGGGGCAACAGCAGUGGAGGAAGAGAGAGGGCAGGCAGUGGAUGCAGAGGAGAAGCAGGUGGAGGGCGGUGAGGAGGAGGAGGGGCAAGGGGGUAAGGGGAGGGAUCAGGUGAGCAUCAAGCAGGAGGGCAGCGGUGAGGGGAGACCAGUGCAGGGGGGGGAGGAGAGGGGAGAGCGGAGGGUAGCGGCUGGGAGCUUGGUGGAGAUCGAGGUGGAGGAGGGAGAACGGGAGGAGGGAGAAAGGGAUGAGGAAGUGGUGGGAGGUGGGAAGGUAGGAGGCAGGGGACAGGAGCAGCAGGAGGAGGGGGAGGAGGGGCGGCAGCAGCGGUCGGUGUCGCCGGGCACGCGGGCGCUGAUGUGCGACGAGGAGGACGACCCCGGGGACACGCUCUUCGCCGCCACCUCCUCCCCGCUCGCCCGCUCCAGCGCCCUCGCCAGCAGCGAUGCCGAUGCUGACCUGGACGAUGACGUGGCGAGGGGUGAUGUGGCGGGUGAGGGGGCAGAGCAGGGUGGAGGGGAAUGGGGUGCGUGGUGGGAUGGCAGGCGGGUGAGUCGCAAGCGCAGUGCAGACCUCAUGGAGGGGGGAGGCGCGGGGGAGGGGCAGCGCGCCAUGGGGGCGGUCAUGGGGGCAGGCAGCAGCAGCCCCUCCGCCGCUCUGCCGCGCACCACCAGCGCUGCCCUUGCCGCCCGCCUGCCGCCCUCUGGGUUCUCGCCCUCGCCUGGCAAGGCCAGGAGGAGAAGCCUGGGGGGGCAUGGUGCGGGGGGUGGCGGCGGCGUGAGGGGUGGAGAAGAGCAGGUGGAUGGGAGGAGGAGCAUGAGUGCCGGUCAUGCUGCCCUUGCUGCUGCUGCCGCCGCUGCUGGCAGUCAUCCCUUUGCUGCCGGAGGCGUCUCAGGAGCUGCUGCAGGCGCGGCAGCAGCAGAGGUGGGUGUGAUGGAUGAUCCAAGAGUUGCCAUCCGCCUGGCUGCUAUGCGGUCGGCACUGGCAACAACAGUGGGUCAGGGGAGAGGGGCGUCGGCAACAGGAGGGGCGAGCGGAGGGGAGGGAGGGGAGCGGAUGCAGGCAGUGCAGCAGAGGGCGGUGGUGGAGAGGGGGCUACUGGAAUUGCUGGAGGACCAUCUUCUGCAGAUCGCCGCCCACAUUGGCGCCCCCGCCUGCUAG